CCCAAUUCCAUCUCCACCAGUCCUGUCGUUUGGUGAAUGGUUCUUUACGAGCUGCCGGUUCCGUCUUAUCUCACCCGUGUCUCUCUCUCUAAGCCGCGUCUCCCGCUCUCCUUCCUCCUCUUCCGCUUCCGUCCUCCCUCCCGUCCCUCCUUCCCCGACAAGGGAUAACCAAGCAGGAUGACCUUCUCAACCGAGAUCCACACCUUCCACUCGGGUCGCCCCCAGCCCGAGUCAUCCUCCCCCUCGUCCACCUUCACAUCCGUGGAUCCGAGCACCGCCAAGCCCCUAGCGACCAUCCACACGACCACGCCCGCCCAGCUCGACGCCGCCGUGUCCUCCGCCCAAGCCGCCUUCCCCUCGUGGUCGCGCACCCCACCGGCCUCGCGCGCCGGCAUCCUCCUCCGCGCCGCCUCCCUCCUGCGCGCCCGCAACGACGCCCUCGCGCGCACCGAGACCCUCGACACAGGCAAGGCGCUUGCCGAGACGUCCACCGUCGACGUCGCCACGGGCGCCGACGUGCUCGAGUACUACGCGCACCACGUCGCGUCGGGCGGGCUCGACGGCCGGGUAUCUCGGCUGCGUGGCGACGCGUCCGUGCGCACCUCCCUCGAGCCCCUCGGCGUGUGUGCCGGGAUCGGCGCCUGGAACUACCCGCUGCAGAUCGCCCUGUGGAAGUCGGCCCCCUGCCUGGCGGCGGGGAACUGCAUGGUCUACAAGCCGAGCGAGGUGACGCCGCUGCACGCCAAUGCUCUGGCCGAGAUCUUCCUCGAGGCCGGCCUGCCCGCCGGCGUGUUCAACGUCGUAUACGGGGACGGACCGGCCGUCGGCGCACCGCUGGUCGCCCACCAGGGAAUCGCCAAGGUCAGCUUCACGGGGCAGGUCAGCACGGGGAGCAAGGUCGCCGCCGAGGCGGCGCGGGGCAUGAAGGGCAUCACCAUGGAGCUCGGCGGGAAGAGCCCGCUGGUAAUCCUGCCGGAUGCGGACGUCGGCGAGGCGGCUGAUAUCGCCAUGGUUGCCAAUUUCUUCUCCACUGGUCAGGUGUGCACCAACGGGACGCGGGUCUUCGUGCCGGAUUCGCUGCUAGGCAAGGUCGAGGAGGCCCUCGUACAGAGGUGUCGAGAGGGUAUCCGGAUGGGCCCGCCCAUGGACGAGAAGACGAACUUUGGGCCUGUGGUGAGCGCCACGCAGAUGGACAAGGUAAGCUCGUAUAUCCGGCACGGGCGAGAGGUCGACAAGGCCAAGGUGCUGUACGACGGCGGCGUGGAUGCCCAGAAGACGAAGCCUUCGGCAAACGGCUACUGGGUGCCUCCUGUCAUCUUCACCAACUGCACCGACAACAUGCGCGUGGUUCGUGAGGAGAUAUUCGGGCCCGUCAUGUGCAUUCUCCCCUACAAGGCCGAAGGCAGGAAACAAGACGAGUGGCUACCCGAGCUGAUCCGCCGUGCGAACGAUACGCCGAUGGGUCUGGCGGCGGGCGUGGUCUCGUCCGAUGUGGGCUUUGCCGAGGAAGUUAUCCAACAGCUGGAUGCGGGCAUCACCUGGAUCAACACCUGGGGGGAGUCACCGGCUGAAAUGCCGGUGGGCGGGUGGAAGUUGAGUGGGAUCGGUCUGGAGAACGGACACGAGGGUAUCCGCGCAUACACCAGGACGAAGAGCACCCUGGUUCAGCUGGGCAAGGGUGCAUGCAGCGGUGUAUUCGCAAAGCUAUAGGCCUGCCCUACUGUUUCUUCUCCCAGCAAUGUCUUGGACCAGGACAUCAUUUCUGACACAUGUCCAACCGGAGAUCCACGAUCAAGGAUGUAUGAUGGAGUUAAUAUAAUAAACAAAAAUAAAAGAUGGAUGGAUUGACCAAAUAA